CAAGCACUGGUUUAUUUUUGUAGGGUCUCCCAUAAGCAGUUGCUGAGAAUACUGCUUUGUUGUUGUAGGGUGGCCAUUAUUGUAGGGCCUCCCGUGCAUGCUGUGCAGGUUUGUUAUGGUUGGAGGGGCAGUGGGCGCUGUGUUAUUGUAGGGUCUCCUGUGAAUGCGGUGCUGGAUUGCUUGCCCAGGAUUCUGGUGAGGGCUGAAUCAGGCUGGUGUGUGACCCAUGGUCUGCCCCCUCCCUGGCUUCGCUGCUCCUGGCUGCUGGGGAAUGAAAAGGCCUCUGUAGGGCUCAGUCUGUGGUGGAAAAUGUUCCCACAAAGGAGUGAUUGUAGGAGCGGGGGGAGAUCUCCAGGGAGAGGGGUAGGGGCGCUCUCCCCGCAUAGGCAGUGGUGGCCCCGCUGUGGUGUUAGGAGGUGCAGGGCGUGGGCAGGGAGGCUCAGCGGUACAAGGGGUGGGCGGGGAACUGUCCCUUCAUGGAAUGCGCUAAUCCCAGUGCCCCUCUGUCCCUCCUCCCCAUCUGCUCCCCCGUCUCCUUCCGUCCUGUCUCCUUUUCCAGGUGACUCUGGCUCUCCUUCUUUCCCGCUUCGCCCCCGUAUAGUGGUGUUUGGUACGUACCGUAUGAGCUCCUCACCCAGCCCACCGUCACAGCACACGUGGCUACUUCUAGGGCACUGCCGCCCUCGGGGAACUUGUAUUGCUAAAGAUGCCCUGCUGGCUGAUCUGGAGACCACAACCUCUCACAUUUCCAAGCGCCCAGUACUGCUCACGGACUCUGGGGCAGCCCACGCCAACGGGCUGGGGCAGGAUGGGAUGCCUGAGGCCAGGCCCCCCCCGCCACCCUACAACCCUCAGCAGCAGGCCAUGUCCGUGGCCCCUCCGCCUGUCUCUGCCCCGCCUAGCGGGGGCGACAAAGAGCAUCUCUACAGCACUGUCUGCAAGCCCCGCUCACCCCGGCCCAAGGAGCCAGGCGCGCCACCCUUUUCCUCGUCCAGCGGGGUGCUGGGCGCCGGCCUCUGUGAGCUGGACCGGCUGCUGCAGGAGCUCAACGCCACGCAGUUCAACAUCACAGAUGAAAUCAUGUCCCAGUUCCCAUCCAACAAGGGCCCUGAUGGGGAGAAGCGGAAGGAGAAGCCAGAGGAUGCUGGGGAAGGGGGGUCCCCAAGCCGCUCCGCUGGCUCCACCCCCCCUCCUGUGAAGCCAUCAGCCACCUCUGCUACCCUGGAGCUGGACAAACUCAUGGCCUCCUUGUCGGACUUCAGAGUUCAGAGCAACCUUCCGGGGGUCUCGGCUGCACCGCCCCCGGCCCCCACCCGAGUCUCCCUGGCGCAGCAGCCGGUGGUGUCGUCCGUCUGCCCCAGCCCCUCUGGCCCGCCCCCCCCAGCAGCGACGGCCCCGCAGGGCGGCAACUUGGACACCAUGCUGGUGAUGCUGCAGUCGGAUCUGAGCCGCCAGGGGAUCUCCACCAGCACCAAGGGGCUGUGCGCCUCCUGCCAGAAACCCAUCGCGGGGCAGGUGGUGACGGCGCUGGGCAACACCUGGCACCCCGAGCACUUCGUCUGCACCCACUGCCAGAAGGAGAUGGGGGGCAGCAACUUCUUCGAGAAGGAUGGCGCCCCCUACUGUGAGAGGGACUACUUCCAGCUUUUCUCGCCCCGCUGCGGCCUCUGCAACGAGCCCAUCCUGGAUAAAAUGGUGACAGCUCUGGACAAGAACUGGCACCCGGAGCAUUUCUGCUGUGUGAAGUGCGGGAGGCCCUUUGGGGAGGAAGGCUUCCAUGAGAAGGACGGCCAGCAGUACUGCCGCCAGGACUUCUACGAGCUCUUCUCCACGCGCUGCCAGGGCUGCAGCCAGGCCAUCCUGGAGAACUACAUCUCGGCCCUCAGCGCCCUCUGGCACCCCGAGUGCUUCGUCUGCAGGGAGUGCUACGCGCCGUUCCUGCAGGGCAGUUUCUUCGAGCACGGCGGGCGGCCCUUCUGCGAGACGCACUACCACAAGCAGCGGGGCUCGCUGUGCUGGGGCUGCGAGAAGCCCAUCGCCGGGCGCUGCAUCACCGCCAUGGCCCGCAAGUUCCACCCCGAGCACUUCGUCUGCGCCUUCUGCCUCAAGCAGCUCAACAAGGGCACCUUCAAGGAGCAGAACGACAAGCCCUACUGCCACCCCUGCUUCCUCAAGCUCUUCGGCUAAGCCACGCCCUUGUCCGGGCAGGCCCUGCCCCCAGGCCCAGCCACACCCCAACAGGCCCCACCCCUUGGCCCAGCCACACCCCAGCAGGCC